AUAAAUGGAAAGAAGUGUGCACGCAAUUGAGCAAGCAGUAACGCUUCUAACAUAAAACCAUGGCCAAUUACAUUUGUCGCCGGUUCGUGCACAUUGGGCUCGUGUACCACCAAGGAGAAGGUUCAAAUGUGGAAACACGGGAGAACGAUCCUAACUAUGUCCCAUCACAACGGUCAACGAGUGCAGACAAUAUCAACACUCUCGAACCAACCUCGGCUUUUUCAGUCCCACAUUGGAACUUCCGUCCUUGCAGGUUGGCACAUGUAUCACACACCUGGACCCGAGGCUCUACGAGUGCAAAUACUCCCGAGUCAGCAAGUAAAGUCCAAGCCCAGCAUCACUUUAGGGGUGAUGAACCUACACAGGCCAAUUUGGAGGAUAAAACAGUGAUCACAAACUGCAAGGUGCAAUUAAGUCGCACACGGGACUCCCUUAGGGAGCGAAAUGAAACUCUGCAAAAGGACAUGGAAACUUUGCGCCAACAAAUGGAAGAGUUGCGCACGGCACAACAACAAGCAACAGAUGCUCCACAAAUAGCCUCUAUAGGUGAUCCAUUCUUUGACGAGAUAAUUAAAGAACCCAUGCCUCCAUCAUUCAAGCCACCUCAGUUGACACAGUAUGAUGGAACACAAGACCUGAUAGAGCAUGUGAGAAGUUACAAGCUAGCAAUGAUGAUUUAUGGAGCGUCUGAUGCAUUAUUGUGUAGAGUGUUCCCUUCUACACUGAAGAAAGCAGCUCAAACCUGGUACUUUAAAUUGAAAGCUAAGUCUAUUAACUCUUUUGAGCAAUUAGAAAGAUGUUUUAUUGACCAUUUUACUGCUAGCAAAGUCCCGAAGAAGACUAACCACCAUUUAAUGAGUAUCAGGCAGAAGACUAAUGAAAGUUUAAGGGCCUACAUCGCUCGUUUCCAUAAUGAAUCUCUGCAGGUGGAUAAUCUGGAUGAAGGAAUGGCAAUGCAUGCCUUGAUGAAUGGCUUGAAAGAUUGUGAUUUCUUGCACUCUCUAAAUAGAGAAAAACCAAAGAGCCUUAAGGACAUACUUCACAGGUCAGAAGGCUAUAUUCGAGCCGAAGAACGUGUUGUAGCCAAGAAAGGUGGUGAGUCUUUCGAACCUAAUUCAGUUGUAGCAGGAGAUAAAAAGCGAAGGUUUGACAGGUCAAAUGACAUAGCUGAUGUCAGAGGAGGAAAGCGAGGAGUUGGUAGAAAUCUCAAGAAUUAUCGCUCUACAUUGCAAGAGGCGCCAAGGCUUCGUAGUAAUGGUAACAAGCGUGAUAAGACUCGUCAUUGUGCAUUUCAUGGGACCCAUGGUCAUGAUACAGAGGAUUGUAAGCAGCUCAGAAUGGAAAUUGAACGAUUAAUUUGUAGGGGAGCAUUGAGGCAAUUUGUCGGGCAUCCAGGAAGCCAGAGGGGAGCAAGGAGAAUGGAAAGGUCACAAGACAAUAGGGAAGCUGGUAGGCAUAAAGAGAAGGAACCUCUAGAUGUUGUGGGGGUAAUUAAUGUUAUAACAGUCCCGCCUUCAGCAACUCCAACAUCUAUGGCUUUAGCAGUCAAAGGAAGCAAUGAAAGCCCACCUUCAACUCAAACCAUCACUUUCACUGGGAAGGAUCUGGAUCAAAGGGAGGUGUUCCCACAUGAUCCACUAAUGAUUGAAAUAGUGGUGGAAGAUAGAAAUCUACGAAAGGGCAAGGUGAUGAAGCGUGUCUUGGUGGACACAGGGAGUUGCAGAGAUGUGAUGUGUUAUGGGGCAUUCAAAAAGCUAGGAGUAUCUCCACAACUGAUGAGACCUUGUGAUUUUCCGUUGGUGGGCCUUUCUAGAAAAUCCGUGCAUGUAAGAGGUAUUAUCUCUCUCCCUAUUCAUGUUGGUGUUUCCCCUUGUGUGGUUGUUGUUACCUUAGAUUUCUUUGUUAUUGAUGUCCCUUCCUCUUUUAAUGCAAUUUUGGGACGUCCUGGGCUUAACUCCUUGGAAAAAACUCUGACAGUAGACAGCCUAGACAUGAGGGAGGAAUUGAAGGAAUGUCGAACUGAGCCAAUUGACCAAGUAAAACCUGUGGUUCUUGAUGAGAAGAGGCCCGAGCGUACAGUCAACAUUGGUGUAGACAUGGAUCCAAGCUUUGUGGCGCAAUUGGAAAAUUGCUUUAGGGAGCAUAAAGACAUUUUUGCAUGGUGUCCAGCAGAUAUGCCAGGUAUCGAUCCAAAGGUUGCUUGCCAUAGGCUUGGAGUUAACCAAGAUGCUGUUCCUGUUAGACAGAAAGUGCGACACUUCGGGGCUGAAAGGACUGUAGCUAUUGAAGAAGAGGUAGCAAAGCUUAAAGAGGCAGGAUUCAUUCAAGAGAUUACUUUUUCUGAAUGGUUAUCAAAUGUGGUGAUGGUGAAAAAGGCCAAUGGAAAGUGGCGAAUGUGUGUGGACUUUACAGACUUAAACAAGGUAUGUCCCAAAGACAAUUAUCCUUUGCCAAAUAUUGAUGAACUAGUUGAUAAUUCCUCUGGUUAUGUGGUUUUGAGUUUAUGUGAUGCAUACUCUGGGUAUAACCAAAUUCCUAUGGCAAAGGAGGAUCGGGAUAAAACUGCAUUCAUAGCAGCAGGUGCUACCUAUUGUUAUGUUGUCAUGCCCUUCGAUCUAAAAAAUGUAGGAGCUACCUAUCAAAGCAAAAGCUUAGACCAACACAUUGAAGACCUGAAACAAGUCUUCGAGGUACUCAAAACCCAUAACAUGAAGCUGAAUCCUACAAAAUGCACUUUUGGAGUCAAGGUUGGGAAAUUCUUAGGAUUCAUGUUGACAAGCAGGGGCAUUGAAGUCAAUCCAGAGAAGAUUCGUGCAGUGUUGGAGAUGAAACCUUCAUCCUCAACAAAGGAAGUUCAGAAGCUAAUGGGAAAGGUAGUUGCAUUGAGCAGGGCCAUUCCAGGUGAGAAAUUGUACUUGUACAUUGCUGCGAGUACCGAGGCAAUUAGUACUGCAUUGGUUAGGGAAGAUGGAAGCAAGCAGGAGCCUGUGUAUUAUGUCAGCAAAGUGUUGCAAGGGGCUGAGACAAGAUACAAGCCUUUGGAGAAGUUGGCCUAUGCUAAACCAGAUUUGGCAGGGAGACUUGUAAGGUGGAGUAUUGAGCUCACAGAGUUUAAACUGGAGUUUCAGCCACGGAGAGCAAUGAAAGCACAAGUACUGGAAGAUUUCAUAGCAGAGUUAAGCAAGGAGGAAAAGGCUGUAAUGCAGGCACCACCCAUAGACGUACCAUGUAAGAGGAAAGCUCCAGAGCCAAAGAAACCAACAAAGAACCUACCUUCUAACCUUGUGUGGAACCUAUAUGUUGAUGGGUCUUCUAAUGCAGCAGGAAGUGGAGCAGGAAUAAUCUUAAUCUCUUUAGAGGGAGAAACUUUUAAUUGUACAUUAAGAUUUAAUUUUGAGGCGUCGAACAAUCGUGCAGAGUAUGAGGCACUUCUUGGGGGAUUGAGACUUGCCAAGGCAGCAAGAGUGGAGUACUUGAGGAUUUAUAGUGAUUCACAACUUAUAGUGAAUCAAGUCAAUGGUGAUUUCAUUGCAACAGAGCAGGUAAUGGCUCAAUAUUUAUCUCUGACUAUGCAAUUUUUACAAUCCUUCCAAGGAUAUGAGUUGAGCCAAGUAAGAAGGUCAGAGAACCUUAAAGCCGAUGCCUUGGAAAAGCUGGCAAGCACAGGGCUAGGUGUGUCUGGAGUGGAAGUUUAUAUAGAGACACUUUCUUCACCUAGUAUAGAGAUGGAAAAUGCUUUGCCAACACAGGAGGAGCAAAGCUGGAUAGAUCCAAUUCUCACUUUCCUUAAAAGGCCUGUAGAAGCACAGGUAGUGUUGGAAGAGGUACACGAAGGACUUUGCUCGAGUCAUAUGGCGGCAGAUUCUCUAGCACGUAAAAUCCUCCGCCAAGGCUAUUUUUGGCCUACACUGAAAGCUGAUGCUAAGGCAUAUCCUUUUGCUCAAUGGGGGAUGGACAUCCUUGGUCCUUUCCCCGAGGCUAAGGGAAGGAAAAAGUUCCUUAUUGUGGCCAUAGACUACUUUACUAAGUGGAUUGAGGCAGAACCAGUAGCUCGAAUAACAGAACAGAAGGUAAAAAAGUUCGUCAAAAAACACAUUAUGUGUCGGUUUGGGAUGCUGAGGGUUCUGGUUACAAAUAAUGGAACGCAAUUUGCAAGUGAGGCCUUCAAAGAUUUCUACCAAACAGGAAAGAUAGAGAGGAGGUUUUCGGUCAGAGCACAAUUAGAGACAGAAGGUUUGAGUUUACAGCAAAUUGAGCAGAGGUUUGCUUCUGUAGCUUAUCCAGAGUCUAAUGGACAGGCAGAGGCAGCAAAUAAAGCUAUCUUGGAGAGUUUAAAGAAGAAGGUAAGGUUUGCAAAAGGAACUUGGACAGAGGAGUUGCCAUACACUCUAUGGGCGUACAGAACAACACAUAAGACUUCAACAGGAGAAACUCCAUUCAAUUUAACAUAUGGUUCAAAAGCUGUAGUGCCGGUUGAAGUUAAGGUGCCAAAUUACAGAACGAACUACUUUAAUGCCAACUCCAAUGAACAAGCUUUAAGGGAGAAUCUGGAUCUUUUGGACGAAGCUAGGGAUCUGUCCCAAAUCCAUGUUGCCCAUUACCAUAGGAGAGUGGAGAAGUACUACAACAGUAAAGUUAGCCCAAGGACUUACACCAAGGAGACUAGGUCUUACGAAAGGCAGAGGUCACAGAGCGCAAUUCUCGUGAAGGGAAGUUACACCCUAAUUGGGAAGGACCAUAUUUGAUUCAAAAAGACUUGGGUAAUGGAGCUUUUAAACUCGUUAAGCCGAGUGGAACUCCAAUCCCAAGGGCUUGGAAUGCAGUUCAUCUGAAGAAGUAUUAUCAGUAAUUUUUUCUUGUUUUAGCAAGGUUGAAUAAAUUUUGUGAAUAAAACCUUUGCCAAUGU